GAGUGGGCAGCCUUAUCUUUCCCAAGUGAACACCUAGAUGAAUUUCCAAUACCGUGCCUGGCACGUUCCGGAGGGAGUCUCAGGCUCCUCCGGAGCUCCCAGCUCCGCGUCCCGGUUUCUACAGUCGAUAUUCCUGUGGGAAACACGGGUGGGGGCUCUGGGCACCACGAGCUUUAUUAAGAGAUUGGCAGUGGUUCAUUCAGACCUCCGCAUCCCCUCACCCAAGGGCUGCGCGGUGCGACUCAGAAUCCCCUAAAGCAUCAUUGUGGCGCUUCCUGCUCAUUACGUACGAGGCUUAGGACCAGUUUCCGCGAUUCCAAGAGUAUUCGCGUGGGCACUCGUGCUGGGGGCCGAGCCCAAGAGGGGAGCCGGACCGCGCGAAGAACGUCAGCGCGCCGCCCAGACCACAUGCACUUUGCACCGGCCUUCUACGCGUCAGUCCGGAGGUAGAGCGCCCUGGGAAGGAGCCCCGUAGCUUCCUUAGCAGGUCUGAAGGGCAGGGCCAUCCGGGGUGGGAGGUGGGAAUUAAUGGCCCCAGAGAGCAUCCCUGGAGAGGAGCCAGGGUUCUCCCCAGGAGGGGGCAGCAACUGUGGGGGACUGAGAUCACCUCCAGAUAGCCAGUUUGGAGUUCGUUUCAGUCUUUGCGUUGGGUCGGAGUUGGGUGGGGUGGGACAGAAUUUGCACCUCAGGCGCGCAGCUACCCUCCAGGUAGGCGGAGACACUCCCCUGGUCCCUCUGGGGAGCGCGCCAAGGUACAGUGAGGGAGCGCUUAAGCUGCUCCUGUAGUUGAGCCUGGGAAGGACUGGGAAGGAAAAAAUUGGGGGAGGGAGAACAAACCACCUAGCCCCCCCCCCUUCGGUAGUUGCUGACGCGCUGGUGGUGCCUAUUAAUCAUUCACCGGUCCGGAGCUGCGCCAGUUAAUGGCUUUGCGUGCCGGGUUCUAGCCCCCUGGCCGCUUCUCUCCAAGCUCCCGCGUGCCCAGACGCCCCGAGCGCCAGAGCCAGCUCGCAGGCAGCCGCCAGGAGAUGAGCACUGCCGGUGCUGGUAGGAGCUGCUCUCUCCGCCCGCGCUGCUCUCUGCCCCGGGGCGCCAGGUGGCUGUGAGCUGCUGGCGACCGGCCGGGUGGCUAGGGAGGGCGCGGGCGAAGGGGGCUCGAGAACUCCCCAGCGCCUGCAGCCCCACCGGCCCCCCUCGGCUGGGAUGUUCCCCAAUGGCACCGCCUCCUCUCCUUCCUCCUCUCCUAGCCCUAGCCCGGGCAGCUGCAGCGAAGGCGGCUGCAGCAGGGGCCCCGGGGCCGGCGCUGCGGAAGGCAUGGAGGAGCCUGGGCGAAACGCGUCCCAGAACGGGACCUUGAGCGAGGGCCAGGGCAGCGCCAUCCUCAUCUCUUUCAUCUACUCCGUGGUGUGCCUGGUGGGGUUGUGCGGGAACUCCAUGGUGAUCUACGUGAUCCUGCGCUAUGCGAAGAUGAAGACUGCCACCAACAUCUACAUCCUCAACCUGGCCAUCGCCGACGAGCUGCUCAUGCUCAGCGUGCCCUUCCUGGUCACCUCCACGCUGUUGCGCCACUGGCCCUUCGGCGCCCUGCUCUGCCGCCUCGUGCUCAGUGUGGACGCGGUCAACAUGUUCACCAGCAUCUACUGCCUGACUGUGCUCAGCGUGGACCGCUAUGUGGCCGUGGUGCACCCCAUCAAAGCAGCCCGCUACCGUCGCCCCACCGUGGCCAAGGUGGUGAACCUGGGCGUGUGGGUGCUGUCGCUGCUCGUCAUCCUGCCCAUCGUGCUUUUCUCACGCACCGCGGCCAACAGCGACGGCACAGUGGCCUGUAACAUGCUCAUGCCCGAGCCUGCCCAGCGCUGGCUAGUGGGCUUCGUGUUGUACACGUUUCUCAUGGGUUUCCUGCUCCCCGUCGGGGCCAUCUGCCUGUGCUACGUUCUCAUCAUCGCCAAGAUGCGCAUGGUGGCCCUCAAGGCCGGCUGGCAGCAGCGCAAGCGCUCGGAGCGCAAGAUCACCCUGAUGGUCAUGAUGGUGGUGAUGGUGUUUGUCAUCUGCUGGAUGCCCUUCUACGUGGUGCAGCUGGUAAACGUGUUCGCUGAGCAGGACGAUGCCACGGUGAGCCAGCUGUCCGUCAUCCUGGGCUACGCCAACAGCUGCGCCAACCCCAUCCUCUACGGCUUCCUCUCGGACAACUUCAAGCGCUCUUUCCAGCGCAUCCUGUGCCUCAGCUGGAUGGACAACGCCGCGGAAGAGCCCGUCGACUACUACGCCACAGCCCUCAAGAGCCGCGCCUACAGCGUGGAGGACUUCCAGCCCGAGAACCUGGAAUCCGGAGGCGUCUUUCGUAACGGCACCUGCACUUCCCGGAUCACUACGCUUUGAGCCCGCGCCCUGCGCCAGGAAGCGAAAGACCGACGGGAUGGGAGGCUCAGGGUGGAGCGAGGUUAUCUGCGCCGCCGCCCGGCGCGGUGGGUGGGGGGCCGUGGGGCUAGGGUCCGUCACCCCUCGGGUGGAGAGACCUAGGAAUGCCUCACGAAGAGCCAGGUAGAAUUGAGAGCUUCGCUUAUAAAUCGGGAAGGCUUUCUGAGCACCCUUUUCUCCGUGUCCCACUUUGGGCCUUUUCCUCCGCUGAGCUUGCUGCUGUCAAUCCCUCUGAUCCCCACGCCUUGGAAAUCCUUCUUUCCUCACCGUCCCGCCCCGGGUGCAGAUCGCCGACUCAACGCCGCCGCCGCUGUCCAUCCGCAGCCUCUCCAGCUGUUAUUUCUGUUUGUUUAAACUGAGCCAAGGUUGUAGCCACGAGUUGCCCUCCGAGUAGGCUCCCACCUCUCCCCCAGGCCUGCCCUGGCGCUCCUCAGGAAAUGGAGAACUACCGCUCUCCUUUGGAGGAGUUUUACUUUAAGGCAAGUCCACUUGAGACUGAACUAGGCAGACCUGAACUUGGAGAGAAGUCGCACUUAGAAAUGAACUGGGCAGCAUGUUUCCCUGGGACCCUCCGCAGCUCCCACUCCGCCCAGAGUGGAGCCAGGUGCUUAGUAAGUAAAACAGGUCUUGUGGUUCCCACCCCAGUCAGUCUCCGCGACGUCCCACCACCUCCCCCUCUUUGAGCAAAAGGAGCGGGAGAACAAGCCUUUGUAGAAGAUCUCUGGGUCGGGAGGGCGCGGCUAGAAGCCACCCUCCUGCCUGGCUCUCACUUUCAAAAUUCCGUUCUCCCUACUCCUCUGUGUCUAGCGCGGCGGGGGGGGGGGGGACUUUUCCAGGCCGCUGCACUCACUGAAGCAAGGCAGCUCCCUCCCCAAGUUUCUAGAGGAGUCCACUUGACCGAAGAAUGGGGCCACCCUGGAUUUCCAGGUCCUGUAUAGGUCUCUAGAGGCAGCGGGGCAGUGGUCUAGGGUGACAACUUAGAUCAGUGGCCAAAGUUGGCCAUGUAGCCGCAGCCGCAGGCUGGAGUGCAGUCCAUCUGGCCUGUGACGGUUGCUCCCUUUCAAGCGGUGCCUACCAAGUUAUUUUCUUGUUUCCCAUAUUUAUUUAUUUAUUUAUUUGUAGUGUUGGGAAAUGUGUUUCUGCUUUCCUUUUCUCCCCUUGCCUAGCUCAGGCGGUUUCUUGGGGACUCUAGGGAUUGGAGUGGAGGGAAUGGAGGAAACUUUCCCCCUACUCCAAGGUCUCCUCAAACCCUUCUCUCUGCUGGACCCUCUUUUCUUAUCUUUUCCUCUAGUAUGUCUAUUUUCUCACUAUUCAGUGAAAUUUGGAGAUUUUUCCUAUUUUUCUUAUUGUAGUGGCUUGUCUUAUAAUACUAAUAAAUAAAUGACAAUGGGGGCUAGCUUCUUUCCAUGCAGAGUAAAAAGCCCCAAACUCCUGGGUUUCCAGGAAACGUAUAGGGGAAGCAUCACCCUAUAUGUGAUUUUAGUGUGUGUGUGGGUAUGUAUGUUUGUGUAUACUCAUAUAUAUAUUUGUUUAUCUGGUCCCAUUGUCAUGAGUCCAUGAAACAAUUCCAAGUAUAGCCACUAACAGUGACAGAAGUGAUUCUGGCUGGAAAACUUUCAGGUUUAGAGCUGCAAGUAGCACUCAACCUGGAACUGAGAAAUCUAAUUCAAAGACUUUAAUCACUGCUGAGGAUGUCCCUACUUCUUUUACGUUCCAGCAGACGUGAUUCUUGCAAUCCAGUUUAUAUAUCCACUAGUUUGUGAGAACAUUGGAAAUGAAAUUAUUUGUGUUUAUGUUUAAUCUUGCCAGCUACUUUGGAAAUCCAAGCAGGGCAAGGAGCAACAAUUUUACUUCUUUGUAUUUCUUGUGUUGCUUAGUAUGCUGGCUUGUACAUAGUAUGCACUAGACACAUGUUUGCUGCUUGAUUGUUGAAAUAAGCCAGAGUGUAUUACAAUGAUCUGGAGACAAUAAUCUGGGAUUCUCAGGUUCUCUCACUGACAUGGUACACAAUGGUUGAACUUACUUUUCUGAAGGUGUUUCCUGUAUAUUUGCUUCAACAUUGUGCUUUUCUAAAAGCAGUAACCAACAGUUAAAUGUCUCUAAUGUUUAAUUUAAACUGAUGAACAAAUAUGCUUUUGAUCAGAAAUCAGAAAGUUUAGAUCUGUCCCUUAAUACUAUAUAUUAUUACUCUUUUGGAAAAUAGGUUUUUAAUGUUUAAGAACAUGGAAUUUACAAAUUGAAAUCUUGAUCAUCAUACUCUUAACAGGAUAUAAAUCUAGUGCUUUUAACCUGUUAUCAUUGUGAUACUAACUAAAUAAACAGAUGUAUGAUGCUACAGCAAGUUCUCUGACUGGCGCUUGAAUCUUACUGUUUUAAUGGAUUACUUGAACACAUGCACACACACAAACACACGCACACACACAAACACACACACACAACCGAGGCUUGACUUCAGAUUAUCUUUGGAAAUUUAACCAAGAUUGCAGUUAUUUUCUUUAAAGAAAGUUCUGUUAAUUCAGAGAGAGAGAGAGAAACAGUUGAGUCGUAUGGAUAAGAAACAAUGCCCUGGUUUGCACUCUGUUGUCACCAAACCAAGUAGACAAUAUCUCUCUAUCUCUCACAGAUUAAAUUACUGUCUGCCCUCAUUUAUGACCUCAGACUGUUGUCGGAGCUAAGUAAGUGCUGAUCUACAUCUGAAGAAGAGAUAAUGAUACGGAAAAAUAUUUCUUAAAAGUGGGGGCCAGGGAUUUAGCUCAGUGGUGCAGUAGCCUGCCUCACAAGCAUAAGGUCCUGAGUUCGAUCCCUGGUACCAAAAAAAAAAAAGUGUUGUGGAGCUUAGUGGUUAAAAGAAAUAGGAAAAUCAGAUUUCAACAUAAGGAACAUAAAAGAAGAAGGAGCUGUUCUAUGCUGUGUUCAGUGAUGGCUAUUUCCAUCCUGGAAGACUGCAAGAAAACACUAGGGGAGCAUUUUUUAAAGACUUCAAUUUUUGCAGUAGUUUUAUUUUCAUAACAAAAUAAACAGAAAGAAGUAUUUUCCAAGUAGACAAGAGCAGCAGUAAUUCUAGGACCAGAGUGGGAGGUGGGCACUUCAAAUGCUCCGUAACUCCAACCUUAAUAGAGUGCUGUUCAUUAUCUCAAUGUGACAAGGAUGGCUGAACUUUGGUCUUUAUAUGAUUUUUUAAAAAAACUAUAGCAAAGUGAGUGACAAAUGGAAAAUUAGACUUCCAACUUAGAUGUAGCAAAGAAAACAACUUCAAAAUUUUAUUUAUUUAUUUAUUUACUGCUAAGGUUAGAACCCAGGGCCUUGUCCAUUCUAAGC